AUGGCUGAGAAGAUUGCGAUUGACAAAAACAACUUUUUCAACCACCUAUCGAAUUUUUAUGCGUCAUGGAAGGCCGACAAACGCUCGGGAAAUGCUCUUUAUGGAGGCGCCACAUCUAUUAUCAUUUUGAUGGGCAAGACGCAAAACGAUGAGGGCUCUUUCCAGAAGAACAAUGCCAUGCAUUUCUGGCUUCUCGGAUACGAAUUUCCUGCCACCCUUUUCGUCCUUACUACCGAGGCGAUUUACGUGGUCACAACAGCCAAGAAAGCGGAGCUUCUUGAGCCGCUGAAAGGUGGAAAGAUUCCUGUGGAGCUUCUGGUGACCACCAAGGACCCAGAGACAAAAACCAAGGCUUUUGAGAAGUGCUUGGACGUUAUCAAGAGCGCAGGAAACAAAGUUGGCACCCUACCCAAAGACACCACAAGCGGACCCUUCGCCGACGAUUGGAAACGUGCAUUUGGAGAUAUCUCUAAAGAUGUUGAGGAAGUGGACAUCACUCCUGCCCUGUCAGCAGCCUUCUCAAUCAAGGACCCCGAAGAAUUGGUUUCCAUCCGAAAUGCCGCCCGAGCGUGCAGCGGCUUGAUGUCGGAAUACUUCGUGGAUGAAAUGUCGCGAUUGCUGGAUGAGGAAAAGCAGAUGACACACAAAGCUCUCGCCGCAAAGGUGGACGGGAAGAUCGACGAUGCGAAGUUCUUCAAGAAGCUAGCACGACUGCCCGCCGAAUUCGAUCCCGAACAGAUUGACUGGGCUUAUGGUCCGGUUGUACAGAGUGGUGGAGUUUACGAUCUGAAGUUGACUGCCACCUCUGACAGCAAGAACCUGAAGCCGGGCAUCAUUUUGUCUAGCUUCGGAAUUCGCUACAAAACAUACAAUUCGCUCAUCGGACGAACCUAUCUGGUGGAUCCCAGCAAAUCCCAGGAAGCCAAUUACGCUUUCUUGCUUACCCUCCACGAAACUGUCAUGAAAGAGAUCAGAGACGGUGUGGUAGCUAAGGACCUCUACAAUAAGGCACUCAGUCUCGUGCGGUCGAAAAAACCCGAGCUUGAAAACCACUUGGCCAAGAACGUCGGUGCAGGAAUUGGAAUUGAGCUGCGAGACUCCAACAUGGUUCUUAAUGCCAAGAACAACCGUGUUUUAAAGAACGGAAUGACUCUGUCUAUCUCUAUCGGGUUGACGGAUGUAAAGGAUUCUGAUUCAAAGGAUAAUGGCGUGUACUCCAUGGUCAUCACGGAUACGGUCCGUGUUGGAGAGAGUGGGCCUCAUAUCUUCACAAAGGACGCUGGUAUCGACAUGGACUCUGUUUCCUUCUAUUUCGGCGAUGAGGAGGAGCCUGAGAAGCCCGCGAAGGUGAAGAAAGAAUCGAAAUCUAGCGCCGUGGCGAGCCGGAAUGUCACUCGGACCAAGCUUCGAGCGGAGCGUCCCACUCAGAGCAAUGAGGGCGCCGAAGCUCGUCGCCGUGAGCAUCAGAAAGAACUUGCGACAAAGAAGACCAAGGAGGGUCUUGACAGGUUCACAGGAACCACUGGUGAUGAUAAUGGUGUGGCUCAGAAGAAGUUCAAGCGUUUCGAAUCUUACAAGCGUGACAAUCAACUGCCAACCAAGGUCAAGGAUCUUACAGUCUAUGUUGAUCACAAGGCCCACACUGUCAUUGUCCCCAUUAUGGGACGGCCGGUGCCAUUCCAUAUCAACACCAUCAAGAAUGCGAGCAAGAGUGAUGAGGGCGAAUAUGCUUAUCUGCGUAUCAACUUUCUCUCUCCAGGCCAGGGUGUCGGCAGAAAGGACGAUCAGCCUUUUGAGGAUCCAUCAGCUCACUUCGUUCGCAAUUUGACUCUGCGAUCUAAGAAUAACGACAGAUUCGCGCAGGUUGCGCAAGAUAUCACUGAGCUCCGGAAGACAGCGUUGAGACGAGAGCAGGAAAAGAAGGAGAUGGAAGACGUGGUGGAGCAAGACAAGCUCGUUGAAAUCAGAAACCGACGACCUGUGAAGCUACCCGAUGUUUACCUGCGGCCACCGCUGGAUGGAAAGCGUGUCCCUGGUGAGGUGGAAAUCCACCAGAAUGGUCUCAGGUACUUGUCGCCUUUCCGUAAUGAGCAUGUCGACGUGCUCUUCAGCAACGUCAAGCACUUGUUCUUCCAGCCCUGCGCCCAUGAGUUGAUUGUGCUCAUCCACGUGCACUUGAAGACUCCCAUCAUAAUUGGCAAGAGGAAGACCAGAGACGUGCAGUUCUACCGUGAAGCGACUGAAAUGCAGUUCGACGAAACUGGCAAUCGUCGACGGAAGCACCGAUAUGGAGACGAGGAAGAAUUCGAGGCUGAACAGGAAGAACGACGGCGGAGGGCUGCCCUCGACCGGGAGUUCAAGGCAUUCGCCGAGAAGAUCGCGGACGCUGGUAAGGACGAGGGCACAGACGUCGAUAUUCCUUUCCGUGAGAUCGGGUUCACGGGUGUUCCCAACCGCUCCAACGUCUUGAUCCAGCCGACAACAGACGCCCUUGUUCAACUCACCGAGCCACCGUUCAUGGUGCUUACUCUCAAUGAGAUUGAGAUUGCCCACCUGGAGAGAGUGCAGUUCGGUCUUAAAAACUUCGAUCUCGUCUUCGUCUUCAAAGACUUCCAUCGGGCCCCGGUUCAUGUCAACACGAUCCCCGUUGAGGCACUGGAAGGCGUCAAGGAUUGGCUUGAUUCCGUUGACAUCGCUUUCACCGAGGGUCCGCUGAACUUGAACUGGACCACAAUCAUGAAGACGGUCGUCAGCGAUCCGUAUGGAUUCUUCGCCGACGGCGGCUGGUCGUUCCUGGCUGCCGAGUCGGACUCCGAGGGCGGCUCCGAUGAAGAGGAAGAGUCGGCGUUUGAAUUAUCGGAUUCGGAACUUGCUGCUGCCGACGAGAGCUCCGAAGAAGAUAGCGAAUACGACGAUGACGCAAGUGCGGAUGCGAGCGAAGAGGAAUUCAGUGGUGACGAAGAGAGCGGCGAGGAUUGGGAUGAACUGGAGAAAAAGGCCAAACGCCAAGACAAGGAGAAUAGGAUGGAUGAGGAUGAUCGCGGCACCAAGCGAAAGCGCUAG